CUUUACGCUGCUGGUGGCAGCCUCGUCUGCCACUGCAAAGUUCCGGUUCGAAACUUCUCUGAGAAGCAGCCUGUUCUCGACGUGCAUCAAGCAAGCAGCUUCGCUGACGGGAAAUCUAUGGAUGGUAGCCAUAGAGCAACAUUUCUUCCAGCAGGUCAUAAGCUCAAGUGCUCAGAACAUCACAUGGCAGGUCGCUGACGCUGCCACGACUCUCUUCGCUUGUGCCCAGGCCACCGUGGACGCUGCCAAACUGAUGUUCAAGUUCAAUGGAGGGUCCUGCAUGAUCGCCAUGAAUUGUUUCUAUAAUUCAUGGAAUGAUGCAUGCGAUGGUGAGACGGUCUAUGUCGGAUAUGAUGGUAAUAGUGGGUGCCUCACUCCUCUUGGCGGGUUCUUGGAUGGCCAAAACAUAACGAACGAUGGAAUGUGCUACUCGACGUGUGUUGGAAAGACGGUAACUCUUCAAGAAGCAAUCCCUCACAUCCUCAUCGUAGCAGAUGGAUCUGCGUCAGCGAGCUUCUGUGCGGCAGCGACCACAUGUGCGUUGCUUGGACUCGAGCUGGCCCAAGUAGACACGGAGGAGAACCUGAAUGCCGUGAUGACAGCCGUCGCCACGAAACCUGAGGCACCGGGUUUCUGGGUGAACGUGCGAUACAUCGACGGCGCUUGGGUCCACAUGCCCAGCAGGACUCCCGUGGUCGCUGACAUGUGGGAUAGUAUUCCCGCUGACACCUCCUCUUGCGUGAUCAUCUUGCAGUCCGGAAAACUAUUGACAUCGCCGUGUAACACUGCACUUUUCUACAUGUGCGUCGACGCCACCAAGACCAUCAACCCGUGUCCAUCGGCAUGA